UGACAUCGGACAUAUCUAGAAAAUGACUGGUUGAUUUAUUGAUCAUUUUAGCUUAGUUGCAGUAAGCUAUAAAGAUUAAAAUCACAGUAAAAAUUAAUGUUCACAGCUGAAGAUUGAGAUUAGUUCUGUAGGUUUUAAAAGUUUCCAUUAUUUACAGACGACGUGAAACGGUGUGAAAUGUCAGCGUUGUUAGUGGUUCUAUUUAGAGAACACCAUGCAAAUCGUUAAAAUAACAUUGUAACGCGACCGCAACACUGACGUUUAUUUUGUGAAUAAAUAAAUUUGGCCGGAAGUGGAGCCGUUGUAUUUCUGAUGGGCUUGACAACGUACUCUAAAAACCUGCAAAGGAAAGCGAACUGGGUGCCGCUGAGCAUCGUCCUGGGGAGGGGGAGUCGAGAUGUUUACUCCUUCUGAUUUUCUGGAGAGAUGCUAGCCACUCCACCGCCAUGCCGUAGACAACCCGCCGGGCGCUUAGAUGAAGCCUAACGGGGACUACAGCAGGGAGGGCGCGGGGUGGCUGUAACCGAGGGAGGGAGGAUGUACUGGGCUGCUGGCUUCGCCUCUUCCCGGCCGUGUGUGGUUGAACUCGGGCGUAAUCACAGCCUGCCCCUUGGGCUGUGUGGGUCCGAGCAGCAGCAGUCUUUGUAUGGCUAUAUCAUCACUUUCCCUUUACAGGACUACGGAGGCAUCAUGUCGGCUCUGGGCUCGGACUCCUGGUGGAAGAAGACUCUGUACAUCACCGGGGGGGCCCUGCUGGCUGCUGCAGCCUACCUACUGCAUGAACUGCUCGCCAUCCGGAAGGAACAGGAGCUGGACUCUAAAGAUGCCAUCAUCCUCCAUCAGUUCUCCAGGCCAAAGAAUGGCGUGCCCAGCCUGUCACCCUUCUGCCUCAAAAUAGAGACGUACCUGCGCAUGCUGGAUCUGCCCUACCAGAACUACUUUGAUGGGAAGCUGUCGCCGCAGGGUAAGAUGCCCUGGAUGGAGUACAACCACGAGCAGGCUUCAGGGUCUGAGUUUAUUGUAGACUUUCUGGAGGAGAAGCUGGGCGUCAACCUCAACAAGAACCUCACCCCGCAGGAGCGAGCCGUAUCCCGAGCUGUCACCAAAAUGGUUGAGGAGCACCUGUACUGGACAAUAGCCUACUGUCAGUGGGUGGACAACUUGGAGGAAACUCAGAAGCUUCUGGCGAUGAGCGGCCCCCUGAGCAACACUCUGAAGUGGCUGCUGAGUCACCUGAACGGCAGCAUGGUGCGCAGGGAGAUGUACGGCCAUGGCAUCGGUCGCUUCUCUAAAGAGGAGGUCUACGCACUGAUGGAGAAGGACAUGAGGACGCUGGCUACACUGCUUGGAGAUAAGAAGUACUUUAUGGGCUCCAAGAUGUCAACAUUAGAUGCUACAGUGUUUGGGCAUCUUGCACAGGCUAUGUGGACUCUGCCUGGGACACGACCAGAGCAGCUCAUCAAAGGAGAGCUGAUCAACCUGGCCAUGUUCUGCGAGCGGAUGCGGAGGAGAUUCUGGCCCGAGUGGUUUGUGGAGGUGGAAGAUCUUUAUUAUGAUGGAGACAGUGAGAGCAGCAGCGGUGGCUCCCCUACAGGCCUGGUGGACUUUGGCCUCUUCUCCAGGACUGACACUCUGGACGACAGCGAUGCCAGCAGCCACUCGGCCGGACACACACCCUCCCCCGACUCCGACCACUCACUCUUUGACUCAGACGUGGGCACGGGAUCUGACAAUGACAUUCAGCUUAAGGAGGAGUUAAUGCCUGACCUGGAGGUUUGACUUAAGAAAGGCUGUAAUUGGCUGACAUAUUGAGACUGACAGGAGGCGGGAAAAUUUAGCUUGAUAAAUCUGGCAAUUUGGACAAGUUGCCAGACGACAGCUAUUCCAGAAGAAACUAUUCUAGCUCCUCCACACCCUAUAACCCAAAUGAUACACCCUCCUGAUGGGCAGACUGGGUAUUAUAUGCAGAGCAUACAAACUGAACCUCAUAAUACACAUGUUAGUGUAUGGUUUGUCCCCUUCUGUAACGUCAGAACUGUCUCUGGGGCAGUUCCUCUUUGCCUUAUUUGUCUCGUCCCAAGAUACAGAAGCAGGCGUUGUGAAAGGUUAACGCAAAGGAAACAUCUCAUCUCAUGAAAAGUGCGCAGAUUACAGAAGAGUGUCGUAGACAAGACAGGUGGCACUUCACUUGCUAUGAAACGAUGCAACUAAUCACCACUCUGCCAUGUGUCUUAACGCACAAACCCAUUUGAACAGGUGGAGAUUGAUCAAGUGGCUAAAAGGAACAGCUGCUGUGUCUCGGUUGUUAACUACCUGUGUGCUGGAGAGGAAACACAGAUGACACAGAGUGCCAGUCCGUACUUUAGAUUGAUCCCUCACGUCAUUUCCUUUAUGCUACUGUAUGUCGGAACAGUCUGUACUAAAACAUGAUGUGCUGUACUGUAUGUCUCCAUCAGGCCACAACCCAAGGUGUACUUGUAGUGCUAUAGUAUAGAAGUGAGAAGGGGAGACAAGCAGAUUUGUGCCUGUUUCAUUUACUGAUUAUCGUCCUCAUUUCUCUCCAUUUAGUAAUUAUUUGUUUGCACUUUGUUGUUGGUGAGGCUGGAGCUUCCAAUCCUUCAUUUAAACAUCUCUUUGGUAGUAAAGAGCUGUAAUUUGUAUAUUUCACCACUAGAUGGAGUCAACAGUCAGCUUGAUGCCUCCUUUUUCUGUAACACCAAGGUCAUUCCAUCCUGAACACAGUGAAUUAUUUCUCCUUCAGUCUUUUAAUAUUGUCAGUCCUAUAAUAUUGUGGUUUCCAUCCACCUGUCUGUGUAGGUGUGAUGUGCAUAUGCAUGUAUACUUGCAUAAUGCAGCAAAUCAGCCUUAGUUCUUUCAGACUAAAGUGGAGUCUGAAACAGUUUUUGUUGUGAUAUAAUUUAUUAUCAGUGCCACUUAACUAUUCUUUCUAUAUGAUCUAUUGUCAAAUAUCUAUUUUUUGUUGAUCUUUGUUUUUUUUUUAUUGCUCUCAAGGAGAGAUGUUAUUUUGCACUAGUGGAAAUUAUUUUCACCUUAUUUUAAAGGGGGCAGUCUGCUCUGGGGGUAGAAAACAGUGUAAGCCAAGUGAAUGGGAAACAUAAAUGUGUAUAUCAAUAGAGUGAGUGUUCUGGUAAUGAUUGUGCUGGGAAGGGGACUGUGCUGCUUAUACCGACUGUGUGUAUGUGAUUGUUACUGGGGGAAGCAGUUGGUGAAGAUGUGUUUGCAGAGUCAGAAUACCAAAUCAACAGAACUAAACAUUGCUAGUUUAAAAAUAUUGCGUUUACAAUGGACCAAAAUGUCUCUGGAAGUGUUUUGUCUGUCAUGUUAAGCAUGGUGGAAGUGCUUGUCAGUGCAGUAUAAUUACUGUACAAAUAUUGUGGUGCAUGUAGAACAGAUGCGACUAAUUAAAGGGUCGGUUCACCCAACUCAACCAAAAACAUUUUGUCUCUCAGUGCUACGCUGAUAGCUUUGGAUUUAUGUCUCCACAUUUUGACAUUUCUGCUUCAGCCUCAAUACAAUAAAGGGGGAAGACAUUUUGUUUGUGGUGUUCAUAGCAUUAAAAGCAGAUAUGAGGAGCAACAUCUCAUUCCAAUUCCUGUUUUUUUGCAUGAUCCACAGAACGUGCUGUCAUCACUUUUCAUCAAGGUUAUUUCUCUAAAUGAGAUCCAAUUAAAACUGUAGUACCAGUUUUUCCAAAAGGCAAGGUCAAGCAAAUGGUAACAAACUGUUCAAAUGAAUUAGAACACAUGUAGCAUCCUAAUUGUAAGAUUGAUUUGACAGGCUAACGAGACAGACUUCUUGUUGUGGUAAUGUUAUUAUAAGGUAGUUUUACAAAGAUAACAAACAUCUUCACUUUUUUAAUAUUUUUUCCAUCUAUGGUGUCAUAGCCAAAAUGCUAUUCCCUCAUUUACAGACUUAGUUGGGUUAAAGAAUGAUAGUUCUAGUCCCAAGAAGAGAACAGACCUGCUGUGGCCAUUUUUUCUGGACUCUUUUUUAAAAUGACUUAAAGCUGCUAUAAUCAGAAUUUUUGUAUUAACAAAGGAUCCAAUACCAGUGUGUAAUCUGGAAGCUGGAAGAUGAUACUAUUUCACUUUUAACAUCUUGUUUCUGCAGCCCCCUAGUGGUGAAAAAAAACUGUUAAUGCAGCUUUAAAUGUCAUUAUUUAGUUCUGUGGGCACCUAAAACAAAAUCAUAUUCACCUUAACUGUAUUGGAGUGGAGAAUAAUAUGGACACCUGGACACACCAAGACUAUCUGCAUGGCCACACACCACCUCCUGGGGGAAUUGAGAAGACAUUUUUUUUUUUUUCUUUUUUUAGUUUCAGUGAAGUGACCCUUUAAAUGAGAAACCUGGGCAGACAGAUGACACAAAGCCAGAGUGAGGUUUAGAUUCUGGGACUCUUGAGACAACCUUCCUCCAUCAUGUCAUCCUGUGGUUUGCAUCCUGACCUGGUCUGGGUCGGGUGCUUUUCAGUAUACAGUUGGACUGCUUUAAUCAAGCCAUAUUAAAACUAAAUGUCUUGUUAUUUGAACCAUGUCAUAGCAUUACUGCUCGGGUAAUGUAAAUAUUGUAUGUGUGACAAAGUGUACCAUACUGUAUGUAGAGCUGACUGAAACUACCUAUGGAUGUGCAGUCAUUUACUGGAGCGACUGGAUGAUUUCAAUAAAGAAUAGC